UCGCCGCCGCCGCUAGCAUAGUUAGCUCCCCAACAGCUGUCGGUGGCACUCAGUCAGCAAGCCUAUCAGUCUGAGUGAUUGUGCUUCCUUUAGAGGACCACUGUGUUAUUAUCUCCGUAGCCAGUUGUUUUUCUUUCCUAAGGGUUUUCUGUGGUAUUAUAUUUUUGUCCUCGCCGUCACGAUAGACAGAAGUCCUGGGACAUGGCCAGACAAGAACAAGUCCUGGUGCUUGAUCCGCAACAGGAACUCAAAUUCAGAGGCCCAUUUACAGAUGUUGUCACCGCCACGCUGAAGCUCACUAACCCCACAGACAGAAAUGUCUGUUUCAAAGUGAAGACGACCGCACCUCGCAGAUAUUGUGUGCGUCCAAACAGUGGCAUCAUCGAGGCUGGAACCUCCAUAAAUGUUUCUGUGAUGCUGCAACCGUUUGAGUACGACCCCAACGAGAAGAGCAAGCAUAAAUUCAUGGUGCAGUCCAUUCUGGCUCCCAGAGACAUGACCGACAUGGAAGGAGUUUGGAAGGAUGCCAAACCUGAGGAGCUGAUGGACUCAAAGUUAAGAUGUACGUUUGAGAUGCCGCUAGAAAAUGACAAAACUCCGCCCCCACCCGUUCUCUCUCCACAGCAUGAGAGUGAAAGCAUCAAACCUGUGUCUUCCUCUACCUCUGUUAAGACUGAGCACUCUGCGCUGCCCAAGUCAUCCAGCGCCUCCCUGGAUGACGGGGAGGUGAAGAAGAUCAUGGAGGAGUGCAGGCAGCUGCAGAGGGAGGUGCAGAGGCUACGAGAAGAAAACAAACAGAUCCGGGAGGACGACAGUGUGCGGAAGAGAAAGAUCACACCGGUGGCUGUUUCUCACUCCGAUACCGCGGAUAGGAUGGCCAUGACGAAGGAUGAAGGCUUGAGCACCCGCAUCCUGGCAUUGUGCUUGCUCUUCUUUGUGAUUGGAGCCAUCAUUGGCAAGCUGGUCCUUUAGAGACACAGACUGAGCACAGUGACGGACGGACGGAUGCAGGAACGAAGGGACGGACAGCGUGUCUUGAGGGGCACGUACCAAUGACGGCAACGGGGAUGUCUUCUGGGUUUAUGUUGAUCUGUUUGCUUGUUUUCUUAACAUUUAAAGCUACUAGCCCGAGGUUUAUCUUCCUUCAACAACAACUGUGCAAUGAUGAUAAAACACAGCUGAGGAAAAACAAAAAAAAGUAUAAUUUUCCAAUGCUGGACUUCACAAUCUAUGUAUGUUUUUUUUUUUUUUUGUUAGUUUUUUUUUAACGGUGCGACUGACGUAACACCAGGCAAUGAGGGUAGACGUUAGAGCUGCUGGCUUUAGUGAACGCUGUGGUGAUCGGGCAACACUUAGCGGGUUUUAGGAGUAAAUUCAGACCCAUACUCUUCUCCCUGAGGAAUACAAAGUAUUUAAGAAAACUAAAUUGAAGGUUAGACUGGGGAAAACUGAGUUUCCAUGAUUCCCAUGAUGGACGCUGCUGUUGAUAGCGAUCCAUUAAUUGUCUUUAGAGGUUAGUGGCGGUUAAUGCUGCUUAAUUGGUACGAAUCUAUUUAUAUUGUUCACAUUUUUUCCAAUUGAUUGUUUUCAGUGCAUGUCAGCCAUUCGUAAAAUGAAUCAAUGCUGUGGCAGAGCAUGCAGUAUCUGAAAACACAUGCCAACCCAACAUAGUUUACAGACAAAUAAACUCACAUAAGCUCUUAGCUGGCUGUAAUUUAAUUUUAUUUUUAUUCCCUUCUUCCUUCUGCUGUUUAUUGAAAUUAGUGUUAGGAUGCACUUUAACAAUCAUAAUGGGACUAACUAGUAGAACCCAGCUGAUUAUUAUCCGUCUUCCUGGUGAUUUAUCUCCAUGGUUCUCACCGUAAUGUUUGCAUUCGAUUCAAUAGCUAACUUUCUCCCAACUUCUGAUGAAUCAAAAUGAAUUUGGCGGCUCCAGUUCUGGUGGUAAAGUCCUUACUGGUUGAGCUCAGCCUGAGUUUGUUUUCCAACCUCCCUCCUUGGUAUUAAUUACUCUUUACUGCGACUUCAGCAGUAGGUGGACGAUGAAACAGUUCUCUAAAUCGGCAAUUGCACUUGAAUUCUCCGUUUAAGUUCUGAUUUCCUAACAAAAUGCGUUAGCCCUACCACUUAUUUCUUUUUUUUUUUUUUUAAGGUAUUUUGCUCAGAAGUAUUUCUAAUCCCCAAUCAGUCAUCCCUCUGUGUGUGUUUGUCUCCAAACAUCUUGAAGUGGAAUGCAAGAAACCACAUCUGGGCCUGGUUUCAGAAAGCAGGAGAAGUGAAAACCUUGACGAAGUUCUGGAGUGACUGACUAUGAGCAUAUUCUGGAGUUUUGAUUUCAGAAAGCCACAUAGGUGUUAUCCCGAGUCAACUUGCCACCGCGGCUUACUUCUUGAAGCAACCCCGCUCAGUAUUGGUAUUAAUUAUUCGUAUUACUGCCAGCAGGAUUCUGUCUGAAAUGUUACUGUAGCAUCUGUUAAUAUAUAGCAGAAGUCACCUAGGAGAGAUUACUAAUUUAAGAGGUGUGUGUCUUCACCUGUCAGGUGACACAGGAGUUCAGUCCCUGGCAGGGCCGCUUGAUAAAACAUAAACUUUUUUCUCUUUUGUGCCAUUGGUAUCAAUAAAGGUUCGAGACAAAUUUUAUGUUUUAUAAAGGAGCUUUUUAGACAAGAGCUCUCCCACUGCUGGACUGUAGAUCAUUGUGACUUGAACAUCUAUAAGUUGCUCGCUAUCUGAAAAGCAUGUGCAGCCCAGGUGAGUGGGGUUCUCACGAGACAAAGAGCCGUGUGAGCUUACCUUCAUUUGAGGGACACUAGAGCUCACAAAAACCCCCUCCAGGGGAAAAAAAGAGAAUAUUCUCUGCUGAACCUACCACACAUCGAGUCUCUGCCCACACACUUCAGCAAUUUUGGAACGGCAUUGCCAUUUUUUUUUCUUAAAUGUUUUUAUAUUCCCUCUAUACUGUCAGUUAAACGUCUAAUUCUGUUGGUGAGAAAUGCAGACUUUCAGGAUGGUUUUUCUCUCCCAUUGCCAUGGGUAAUCGCGUUAUUUGCCUUCCAUUGAUGAGGUCUCUGUCGUUUGGCCACGCUUAACUUAGGGGUAACUUGACUCAGAAUUGAGUUGCCCAGCCGAUAUCUACUGCUCUGAAACCGAAAACCCAGAGUAUCACCGAUCUGGGUAGGUUUAUUCAGAGUUAACCCUGCUUUCUGAAUCGGGCCCUCAAGGAUAAAUUUGUUUAAAACUAGUUGAAAAUCACAAAGGAAUGUAUCCAACCAGUACCUUCUGCCCGUUGUGAUGUCACCAGCAGAGGAAGAAUUUUAUCAGACAGGAUCUCCAAAGGAUUAGAAAGAACAGCGUUAUUUGUGACAAACUAUAAAGUUUGUGUCUAAGGGGAGUUAAGUGUAGAAGGCAAACAAAGGAAGGCAGGCCCUGUUAAACCACAAGGCUCAGCGUUUUUUGUCGCAGGUUUUAUCAUUUUCUUUUUGAUUUUUAUUUCAUUUUUUGUUCCCUGCUUUUCAUCUUUUCUCUCCGUCCAUAUCCGCUUCCCAAAGGACCUUCCCAAUCUUGCAGCGGUGUGUGGAAGUGGCUUCACGUUGGCUGAAUGUUUUUAAAGUCUUUCAUUGAUUCUGAAAGUUUCUCACUGGCGUCUCUUUACCUCUGUUAUCACAUCUCUUCCACUCGUUAUUGAUGAUAUGACAGGACAGAAGAACAAAACUAAUCAUUGAAAGACUUUUUGUUCUUUUUCCUGAAUGCAAACUUUGUGUCUUGUCUUCUAAAGAGUGAAGUGAAAAAUUAUAUAUAAAAAUAUGUAUUCUGUAUGAAUGAGCCAGUAGAAGCUGUGUGUGGUUGUGUGUGUGUGUGUGGAUGUUUUAAUGUGAUGGGGCUGCAAAGAGUUUCCUGUCUGUCCCAGAAAAUGGAGAAUGCUCAUUGAAAAAAAAAAAAAAAAAAAGGAUUACAGUUAUUAAUCAUGUUGUUCUCUGUCCAGACCAAGAAAUCUGCUCAAUCGAAUUAAAUCUUUGGGCCACUAAUAAAGUUAUCACUUAAUAAAGGAUUGUGAUGACUAACGUAAGAUGCACAGUGAUCUAUUUAAAAAAUAAUAAUAAUUAGAAUCAGUUCUGAAACGGUUUCAAUCCACAGCAGGUCCUGCAGACUCAGCAGAUGCACUUCCAGGAAAUCCAGAGUUAAGAGAAUCAGUUUUGUCCACCUUUGCUUUGUUUGUUGUGUUGUUAUAGAAAUUAUUUUAUGAUCUUCAAGUAUACUGCAGCCUGCAUGAAAUAGCCUGAAUUAUGAUUGCUGUUCCGUAGUUAUUUAUUCAGUUUGGAAAUUCAAGCAAGGCCUGUGUUUUCAAAAGGGACCAGUUUAGUCUUGGGGUUUUAUCGGUUGAACUGUUUUGUCCAUCUCCUUGUUUCCGUUUCCCACCCGGCUCCAGUUGGUGGUAACCGCUGCUUCAUGUUGACCGUCAUGCACCCGCCUUUAUAAAUCAGUUCUGUUUCAGGAAAAAUAAAGAGAAAUGUGUUUUCUUUUUUUUUAUGUUUAAAAGAUGGAGGUGCUGCAAUAUUUGGGGCGUGGCCGUGUGUGGGGACUGACCUGUUAAUACGCACUACAUUAAAGGAAAUGAUAAUAAAAGGUAUUUGCGCUUUAGACCACUCCUGCAUUGGUGCAGUCACAGCAGUGUAAUCACACUCUUUUGUAUAUACAUAUAAAUACUCAAACAUGUAGUAAAGCAAGAAAAGACCUGAAGAGCCACCAUGGAUCAUGUAGCGUCAUAAUAAAAUACAGUACAUAAACUCC